AUGAAGGGUCAUCCUUGCACAGGGAAGAGCACUUUGGCUGAGUUCAUAGCAGAUGAGCUCAAAUGCAUUCCUAUCAAGCUAGAUGAUGUCCGCAGCUGCAUCACAAUGAUUCAACAACAACAGCCCUUAGAGGAUGCAGAAGAAACCCUCAACAACUUAUCCUUUGAAAUCAUCUGCCAAACUGCUUUAACCCAGCUUCGUUCAGGGCUCUCUGUCGUCCUGGACUCACCACUCUUGCAUCGUGCCCAUCUAGAUCGUUUACUUGAGCUAUCAACUUCUACCAACCUCCCUCUGGUCAUCGUCGAGUGCAUACCACGAGAUCGAGUACAAUGGAAGCUACGACUAGAGAAACAACAACAGCAACAGCAAGAGGAGGUUGUUAAUGGUGGUGGUGCCACCUGCUACUGGUACAGGCCCUCAACAACAUGGGAUGAUCUUCAGAGGCGACUGAAAACAUUUAUAGAUUAUGAAGUGGGAGAGGGUGAAAUCCGCAAGCUCGUGGUCGAUACCACCUCCCAUUUUAAGAAGAAGGUUUGUCAUGCCGUGUCUCGUCUUUCUCUCUGCAAACUGAGCCACUGUGUGGACCUAACUCAGUGGGUUCGUGACGGUUUUGAUGGCCUUGAAGGGGAGGAAGAUUGGAAAGAGGGUGAAGAUGGCAAGCAGGAAGAGGAACGACGGCCACCUAACCACGUGCAUCGUUUAACCAUCUCUAAUGAAGAGACUAUCAACAACAGGGCGGUUACUUGUUGUAGGAAGUGCCAGCUGGAAAUCAUCACAGGUGAAGAAGGUCUAUCUCCAACGACCUACUACAAAUGUGCUAACUGUGAUCUAGUCCUCCACAAAUCGUGUGCCGAGACACCCAACAAGGAGGAACUUAAACCUUUCCAUUGUCUUCCUUUUCGCGACCCAUCCUCACUCGAAUAUUCAUUUCCCGAGACGUAUAGUUGCCAUUUCCACUCAGAUGCCGACAAUGGGGGAUUCUCGUAUGAUUGCCCUGAAUGCCUCUUCGAGAGCCACCUAAGAUGCGCUAUGUUGCCCUCUGUUCUACAUUUUCAUGACAAACUCCAUAAGGGUCCCCUGUUCUUUGCUAUUUUUCCUGUCAGACAUGAUAGGACCUUUCACUGUCAAGCAUGCGGUCAUGAGGGCAAAGACGCCUUCUACAUGUGUAAUGACUGCCCAUUAAUAAUGCAUGUCAAUUGUGCUCUGCUACCUCCCACCCUCAAGUACCAACCUCACCGACACACUCUCACCCUUACCCGUCCUCUCCAGGUCCAAGAAGACUCAGAAACGGAGUACAUAUGCGACACGUGUGAGAAUGGAAGAGACCCAUACCGAUGA